AUGAUCACGCCCGAGGAGCAUAACUUAAAUCAGACAACCGGCGCUCCAUUGGAGGCAAAUAACCAGGAGAAUGACUACAGCUCCUAUUCAACUGAAGACUUGAUCUCGCGAAUCACUCUCCUCGAGCGUCAACUGCAGGACUCGAGGAAAAGCCUCGCCGAACUAACAGCAAGGACUGCAAAAGGCGCCUCUCGCCGCUCCAUAUCACCAAGACCAAUAACAGCCUCUCGUUCGAGUCCUCAGCCCCAGAGUCGCUCAACCUCUCCACGACGCCUGAAAGACUUCGACCCGAGCAAGUAUUCUACACGGCAUAUCGCCUUGAAAUUUGCCUAUCUGGGCCAACGAUACAACGGGUUCGAGCACGCGAACAACAAUAUCGUGCCCCGGCCGACCAUAGAGGAGACUCUGUGGAAAGCUUUGCGCAAGACACGGUUGAUCAGUCCCUUAUUAGAGCCCGCGGCGGGUGGAGUGCGAGUUGAUCAGAGCUACAAUGUCAUAUGGGGCACCGAAGAAAGACUGAGGAGGUACACUGAUGGAAAGGGUACGCCGGGGGACCAAGGUGGGAAGGUCAAGCUAGAUGUCAACUGGGAUGGGUGUCAAUACUCUAAAUGCGGCCGGACGGACCGUGGGGUGAGUGCGUUUGGGCAGGUCAUUGGGAUUCGUGUGAGAAGCAAUCGGCCCCUGGAAGCAUAUCCAAACCAUGACUCGAAUGGAAUCGAUGGGCAGGAUGUUGAGCAUUCACAAGAAGAAUAUUCGAGCUCCCCUCCAGACGGCAACAUGCUCUCCAUCCCCGCCGAUGAUACCGAUGCCCAUGAACUCACUAAACCCUUCGAUCCAGUCGCCGAUGAACUCUCCUAUGCCAACAUCCUCAACUCGGUCUUGCCCCCUGACAUUCGAAUCUUGGCCUGGUGUCCCGAUCCUCCACCUACCUUUGACGCCCGAUUUUCGUGCCGCGAGCGUCGAUAUAAAUACUUUUUCACCAAUCCCGGCUUCUGCCCAACACCGGGCCCUAAUGGACUGACUACGCACGACGGCAUACCCACAAAUCUGCGAGAAGGAUGGCUUGAUAUCGACAAGAUGAGAGAAGCUGCCAAAAAGCUGGAAGGCCUGCACGACUUUCGAAAUUUAUGUAAAAUCGAUCCCACUAAACAGAUGCCGAACUGCCAGCGGCGGGUGACCUUUGCUGAUGUGGUGGAAUUUGAGAGUUUCGGCAAGGAUUUCUCCCGUCUCCAGGAUCUGAAUCAGACCGGGUACCAAGGCCUGGUGCCAUCGGUCCUGGGGACUGCUGCGGGCGACCUACUUUCUGAGCCAGGCCCAAAAGUCUAUACGUUCUGCGUCCACGGCACCGCUUUUCUCUGGCACCAAGUCCGCUGCAUGGCCGCAAUUCUCUUCCUUGUCGGCCAAGGUCUCGAGGAGCCAUCUAUCGUCGAUCAGCUAUUGGAUGUGGAAAACAACCCGCGCAGACCGGCGUACGAGAUGGCUGACGAUUCACCGCUGGUCCUCUGGGACUGCAUCUUCCCCAAGGAUGACGAGGUCAUGCAAGACGGCAUCGACUGGAUCUACACGGGCGACGAGCGUACACUGCCCGCGCUGACGGGUAGGAACGACGGCAGAUGCGGCGCAACGGGCGUCAUCGACGAGCUCUGGCAACAGUGGCGGGAGGCCAAGAUGAAAGAGGUUCUCGCCGGCAGCCUACUCGAUCUGGCGAUUGGACAGGGUGAUGGGACUUCGUUCAAGAGGAGUGGACAGAGGGGGCCCCUGCCGAAGGGCCAUACUCGCUCGACGAAGGUCUUCAAUGGCGGUGACGGCGCGAGGCUUGUUGGGAAAUAUGUCCCCGUUAUGCGAAAGCCGUUGCUGGAUAGUCUCGAGGCGCAGAAUCAGAAGUGGGCGAAGACGAAAGGGUGGAAAAAAGAUGUCAGGAAAGCGCUGGUGGGACACAACCAGGCUCCAGUAGCGGGGAGUGAUUGA